CAAGAUAACAAAAUCACACACACUGUCCGCUACCAGUUCAGGACAGUAUUAUUCGAAACAGUUAGUAAAUUCAUAGAAAGGAUUUAUUUAGGACGUUUGGCUUGUUUAAUACCUCAAAAUAUCUAUAAAAAAUGUCAGAUGCUAAUGGAUUACAGAAUUUAAGGUUUAGGAAUAAAGUUGCCAUUGUCACAGGCGGGUGUUGCGGCGUAGGUCGCGGUUGUGUCGAUGUCUUAGUUGAUGAAGGUGGAAAGGUUGCAGUAUUGGAUAUAAACGACGAGGUAGGAACGUCAUUAACCUCAGAUGGCCUGCCCGGUGAAUUAUUUUUCAUACACUGUGAUAUGAACAAAGAGGACGACAUAAAGAGUGCUAUUGAAAAGGUGGUAGAAAAAUAUGGCCACAUAGACUGUUUGGUAAAUAAUGUUGGAACAAAUCCCGGGAGCAAUCCAAUUGAUAAACUCACCGUGCAAGGUUUUAGAGAUUUGCUCAACACUAAUCUUGUCAGCUAUUUUGCAGCAAGUAAGUACGCUUUGCCCUAUUUACGCAAGACUAAGGGUUGUAUUGUUAAUACAGGAAGUAUUGGCUCAUCGGCAGCUGCACUAGAGAUGCCUUCGUAUUGUGCCUCAAAGGGUGGAACAAUUGCAUUAACUAAAGCUUUGGCAAUUGAUGAGGCGAAACAUGGGGUUCGUGUUAAUGCGGUAUCACCUAGCAUAGUAGACACACCAUUAUUUAGGAAGGUAAUAAAAGAAUGGGGUGAGGAGCAGGCACAGAUCGAUAUGUUAGCCUCGUUUACGCAAUUAGGUCGUUUGUCGUUACCCAGGGAGAUAGGUAAAGCAUGCCUUUUUCUUGCCGUGGAUGCAACUUUCACGACGGGAGAAGAACUUAUGUGCACCGGUGGAUCGGAAAUUGGAUAUGGCGUUAAACAAUAACUACGUUAAGAUAUGUGUGGUAAAAGUACGAGUUUGAACCGUAAAACACGAGAAUGACAGUUCAGAAGUUAUUUGUACAUCAUAGGGCAUUUUUUAAUUGAUUAUGAUUGUCAGACAUAAUUUAAAUCAUAAUUGUACCGAAAAAUACUCUAUUUUCCUUUGGAUAUGAAAUAUAAUCAUUCAUUAUGUUACAUAGUUGAUAGCACUGUAGGAGCACUUUGGCUCGGAGCAAAUGUGCUCCUACAUAGCACGAUGGUAAUUUUUUCUUCUAGCGCAACUAUUUCUAUGGUGUGCAUGCGUGGGAGCCUCUCUAUAUUUUAGAUCUAUACCGGUAGGCCUAUGACUCUAAAAUGUGUCUGCAUUCCAGGACAGACUGACGCAACUCAUUUGCAUUGUAACGCUUUUCUGAACAUGGCGAUAGGUUCAUGGUACAGGCAAUUCGAUCA